ACCUAGUGUGAGCUAGCCUUAAUUUCCAAUACAGUAUAUUUAAAACCAGUCAAGUGGCAGAUGUCAAACUUAUAAGUAGUAAUGAAACGUGUUUAUCCAAAUUUCAAAUAAUAGUGAAUUGAAUCGUUAUGAGCUCGUCAAAUACCAGAAAACGUUCUUCUCCAGAAUGUAGUUCAGGUUCUGGAGUAAAGCGUUCUAAAAUGUUGUGCCAAUAUGGAAAAGAUUGCUAUAGGCGAAAUGAAUCUCAUUUAUUGGAAUUUUCACAUCCGCAUUUGGAAAAAUUAUUGGAAGAACAAAAGGAUUCAAGUUCAAUUAAUAUUCCCACAAAUUUUAAAUCAUCAAUUGAUCUCACAAUUGUUAAAGAUCAAUUAGAAAUUUUAAGGAAAAAUAAUAAAUCUAAAACUGAGGAUGAUACGUCAAGCGACGAAAAAAAACUUAUUGAAAUAUAUAAAAAUAAGAAUAUGCAUGAAGAAUCAGAAACUGAGAAAACUGAAAUAAGUACUUCAUCCUCUACUGUGGUACAAGUAUCAAAAUCUUCAUCCCAAUCAACAUUAGCAUCUUCUUCGAGCUGUGAAAAUCCAACAAAACGUGCCCAAGCAAAAUAUGAUAUACAUGAUUAUUGUCCAGUUGUUGCACCUAAAGGACAAUUUGCAUCAAAAUUGGAAAAGGCGGCACCAUAUUACAUUUUUUAUACAACUAUUACUAGUUCUCCUCUAACACAUUUCGAACCAUUAUCUGUCACUUUUCAAGAAUUAUUAGAUGAAAGUCUUGGAAAAUUGUCUUCGUCCAUACAAAUUAAUUUUAUGGUCGAUAUUAUGUGGCUAAUGGCUCAAUAUGUUUUUGCAGGAUACAGAAAUAAACCAUUAACUAUUCUGUAUGGAAAUGAUGACGACGAUCUUCGUACAAUUAAUAAGAAAAUACCAACAAUUACUCCAGUUAAAAUUAAAAUGCAGGAUGCAUUUGGAACACAUCAUACAAAAAUGAUGAUGUUUCAUUAUGAAGAUGGCAGCAUGCGUGUAGUCGUUUCCACAGCUAAUUUAUAUGAAGACGAUUGGAACAAUCGAACACAAGGAUUAUGGAUAAGUCCUAGAUGUCCUCCAUUAGUGGAUUCUGAUGGCUGUAAUAGUGAUGAAGGUAAUGGUCCCACUGAUUUUAAAAAAGAAUUAUUAAAUUAUCUAAAUUCAUAUAAAUUACCAAUAUUACAAGAAUGGAUCGGUAGAGUUCGUCGAACAGAUUUUUCUCAUAUUAAUGUAUUUUUAGUAACGUCAGUACCAGGAACACAUAGAGCUCUUGACUAUGAAAAAUAUGGGCAUCCAAAACUUGCAUCUUUACUAUCAAAACAUUGUACAAUACCAUUAAAUUUAGGCUUUAGUCUGAGAGAAUGGUUUAUAAUAUGUCAAUGCUCUAGCAUAGGAUCUCUUGGAAAUAAUGCAGACGCUUGGUUUUGUGGCCAAAUACGCUCUAGUUUAAGUCGUACUAGUCAAAAGAUGUUAUCGGGUCCUCCAUCCAUUUCACUUGUUUAUCCAACUUUCAAUAAUGUUAAAAAAAGUCACGAUGACUUAAUGGGUGGAGGAUGUUUACCGUACACACGUGAGCAACAUAUGAAACAAACGUGGCUACAAAAUUAUUUAUGUCAAUGGAAAGCGGAAUCCAGACAUCGAAAUCGAGCAAUGCCACACAUAAAAACAUAUUGUAGAAUAUCACCAGAUUUAUCAAAAAUGGCAUGGUUUCAUUUAACCAGUGCUAAUUUAUCUAAAGCAGCAUGGGGUCACGUUCCACAGUCACCUAUCGACAAGAGAAUAGCUAUUAGAUCGUAUGAAGCUGGUGUACUCUUUUUACCAAAAUUUGUUGUAAAAGAAGAUGUUUUUCUAUUAGAUACCGGAAAUAUUGAAAUUAGCGAGGAAGAUACGAAACGUUAUUUUCCUUUUCCGUAUGAUUUGCCAUUAACGCCGUAUUCAAAAACAGAUACUCCUUUCUUUUUUAAUAUUUUUCGUGAAUAAAAUUUAUAAAGAGUUCUUUUAAAAGUUACUUGAUUUUUCUGCUUUAAAUUUAGAAACUAGAAGUUUCGGAGUAUAAAAAAAUAACUGUUAAACUAAGAAGCGUAAUGAAACUUUUACAGAU